CAAUCAGGAACUCAUUCCUCUGGUUUCUCACCAUUCUCAUUUCAUCCGCUUCUUUACUCUGGUUUUGGUUGGUGAAUCUCUCUCUCUCUCUCACGCUCUUGGCACUGUGCCACCUUCGUUGUUGGAUGAAGAAGAGAGAGAACGAGCGAGCAUUUACGUUCAAAGACCCAGAGUAUUCGACUAGAAAGAUAAGAUAAAGAUACCGGAUUUCCUUUCCUUUUGAUCCUCAACCCAUUUCAUUGACGUGGUUUUUUUUUUAGUACCACAGCAUAACAAAGAUAUAGGUGUAGACUAAAACAAGGUAAGAAAACGGAAAAUGAAGUACGUGUUGGUGACGGGUGGAGUAGUUAGCGGUCUCGGGAAGGGGGUCACCGCCAGUAGCAUUGGUCUGCUUCUCAAGGCCUGUGGACUGCGCGUUACUUCCAUCAAAAUUGAUCCUUACUUGAACACCGAUGCCGGAACAAUGUCCCCUUUUGAGCACGGGGAAGUUUUCGUGUUAGACGAUGGCGGUGAGGUGGACCUGGACCUUGGAAAUUAUGAGCGGUUCCUCGAUAUCAAGCUGACUCGUGAUAAUAAUAUCACUACUGGAAAGAUUUACCAGUCCGUUAUUGAUAAGGAGAGAAGGGGAGAUUAUCUGGGGAAAACUGUGCAGGUUGUCCCUCACAUCACAGAUGCCAUUCAAGAGUGGAUAGAGCGUGUGUCAAUGAUACCAGUCGAUGGGAAGGCAGGUCCAGCUGAUGUUUGUGUCAUAGAAUUGGGUGGAACUAUAGGAGAUAUUGAAUCCAUGCCAUUUAUCGAGGCUUUGGGGCAAUUCUCUUACCAUGUAGGGACUGGAAACUUUUGUUUGAUUCACGUCAGCCUUGUGCCCAUUUUAAAUGUUGUCGGUGAACAGAAAACAAAACCAACCCAGCACAGUGUUCGGGGACUAAGAGGCCUGGGUUUGACGCCACAUAUCUUAGCUUGCCGCAGUACAACGGCACUUGACCAGCAUGUAAAAGUGAAACUCUCUCAGUUUUGCCAUGUUGCGGAAGAAAACAUCAUCACUCUCUAUGAUGUAACAAACAUCUGGCACAUUCCUUUGCUUUUAAGAGAUCAGAAGGCCCAUGAAGCAAUCUUGAAAGUGCUGAACCUGCUGGGUGAAGCAAAAGAGCCUGCACUCGAGGAAUGGACUUCUAGGGCUGAAAUCUGUGACAAGUUGCAUGAGCCGGUCCAUAUUGCCAUGGUUGGAAAGUAUACAGGCCUUUCCGAUUCCUACCUCUCUGUACUGAAGGCUCUUGUGCAUGCUUCUGUUUUCCAUCGAAAGAAACUCGUUGUAGAUUGGGUUCCUGCUUCCCACCUUGAAGAAGCAACAGAAAAAGAGAAUCCAGAUGCUUAUAAAGCUGCUUGGAAGUUGUUGAAGGGUGCAGAUGGUGUUCUUGUCCCUGGAGGUUUUGGUGACAGGGGGGUGCAAGGGAAAAUUCUUGCAGCAAAAUAUGCUCGAGAAAAAAGAGUUCCGUUUCUUGGCAUUUGUCUAGGAAUGCAAAUUGCUGUCAUUGAGUUUGCACGAUCUGUUCUUGGUCUGAAGGAUGCUAACAGCACUGAAUUUGAUCCCGAUACCAGGAAUCCCUGCGUUAUAUUUAUGCCUGAGGGCUCAAAAACACAUAUGGGGGCCACUAUGCGUCUUGGAUUAAGGAGGACAUAUUUCCAGGUUAUGGACUGCAAAUCUGCAAGACUGUAUGGAAGUAGAAGCUUCAUUGAUGAAAGACAUCGGCAUAGAUAUGAGGUCAAUCCUGAUAUGGUAGCUCGCCUUGAAAAAGCUGGCCUCUCUUUUGCCGGCAAAGAUGAAACUGGUCAACGCAUGGAGAUUAUCGAGCUACCUAGUCAUCCAUACUUCAUUGGGGUGCAAUUUCAUCCUGAAUUUAAAUCAAGACCUGGAAAUCCUUCUCCUUUAUUUUUAGGAGUUUAUUUGGUAUGUCUUGCCAAAAUGCGUCCAACAGAGUAGUACUGAUAUCAGCAAAUAUGGGUCAGCUUAUUAAUAAUGAGCAGAUUCUCAUCCCAGAGUACAAUUAAAUAAUAGAUUUAGAAUCUUCAUGUUGUCAGAACUUGACUACUUUUAGGCGUAUAUAUUUAUAUUGUUUUUUCUGUUUUUGGAUCUUACUUGUAUUUUCAUAUAUACACAAGUUAAAAUACUUAAAAUGCAUAUUUAUAUAAUACAAAUCUCAAAAAACAAGGAAACAAAACCAUGUUUACCAGCUGGUUUUGUGGAAUAUGCCAGGCAAUCGGACAAUUCUAUCUCUUGCACGUUAUUAAUUUAUUAGGUAUCUAUAUUGACACCUCAGUCUAUAUCGGGUGAACUACUCGAAAUAUCAAUUAGCCAAGAAAAAAAACAUAGACGAUCGUGAGUAUAGGAGAUGCAUUGUAAUUAUUAUGAGUAAGGAAGCACUCUAAUAUCAGCGCCCUAUAUAUGGGACCAGAUCGAAGAAGGAUUUGCUCCAUUCUAUACGGCUUUGUAUUGAAGGAUUGCAUUGUUAACAACCUUACUUUAGUAUUUUAUUGUGGGAGUUAGUCUACUUGAAGUAUAUACUGCUUGUUUUAACUUCUUCCCCAUAUACAAAUGAGAUCCUCAAUAAUGCUAUACAAAAUAAAUUAAUAUUUGGAACUGCAAUUUGUAAUAGGUAAUAUCACAUUAGCUUGAAUUUGAAACUACUUAUCAUUUCACUAUGGCCAAACUUAUGCCCAACCAGCCUGUUUUAAGGUAUUAUUGGAUGAACAUGUUUUGGAUCAACGGGUAUAGAAUUUGUGAGCAUGCCCGAUUUACAGCUAUUCUGACAAAUAGAACAUCCUCUUCAGUUGUGAAAGAUAUUUCUGUCAUUUUUGUGAAGUCUGACGAUACCUUGUGCCAUCUUUUAGGUUUGAUAUAGAUGUCAUAUAUGCUAGUGAGGAUAUUAAAAUUUAUAGAUAAAAAUAUGUUAAUUUAUGUAGUGACUGUUAAAAAGAAACU